CUCCCUCUCUCUCUCUCUCACACAGUUACCUCUCACCUCGGCGGCGGGCGGCGGCCGGCGGCGAGGUCCGGACAGCGGAGGGAGCAAGCGGGGAGGACGAGGCAUGGGGACCCUGGGGCGGGCGAUCUACACGGCGGGGAAGUGGAUCCGCGGCACGGGGCAGGCCAUGGACCGCCUCGGAUCCACCAUCCAGGGCGGCCUCCGCGUCGACGAGCAGCUGCCAAGGCAUCGCACAAUCAUGAACAUAUUUGAGAAAGAGCCCAGAAUCCACAAGGAUGUUUUUGUUGCUCCCAGUGCAGCUGUGAUUGGUGAUAUUGAGAUUGGACAUGGAUCCUCAAUCUGGUAUGGCUCCAUUUUAAGAGGUGAUGUCAACAGCAUUCAUAUUGGAGUUGGAACAAAUAUACAAGACAAUUCCCUUGUACAUGUUUCAAAAGCUAAUAUCAGUGGGAAGGUUCUCCCAACCAUAAUUGGAAACAGUGUUACAAUAGGUCACAGUGCUGUUCUACACGCAUGCAUCGUCGAGGAUGAAGCUUUUGUUGGUAUGGGUGCCACUCUGCUUGAUGGAGUGGUGGUUGAAAAGCACAGCAUGGUUGGUGCAGGAUCCCUUGUAAAGCAAAACACCAGGAUUCCUUCUGGAGAGGUCUGGGUUGGUAAUCCUGCCAAGUUCCUAAGAAAGCUUACUGAAGAGGAGAUGGCGUUCAUUGCACAGUCAGCAACAAACUAUAUCAAUUUGGCUCAAGUCCACGCAGCCGAGAAUGCCAAGACCUUCGAUGAGAUUGAGCUCGAGAAGAUGCUGAGGAAGAAGUUUGCGCACAAAGACGAGGAGUACGAUUCGAUGCUCGGCGUGGUCCGUGAGAUCCCACCAGAGCUUAUCCUCCCGGACAGUAUCCUCCCAAACAAGGCUCAAAAAGCUGUUGCUCACUGAGUGUUUUCUUAAAGCUCCCGCUUGGGAAGCUUUGCUGUUAUUACAUGUUGACUUGUUUAUGACAGUUUUGUCUGUCCGUAGAGGAAAAGGAAGUCAAUUGGUUCCCCUGCUUUUGACUUGCUUGCUUGAUAGAUGUGAAGUUCAAGUUAUUUGAUACUAAAUAGCUGUAGUGUGAAAAAGUCAGUGAGCUCAGAAAGUAGAAAUUUUGAGGAUUUUCGUGGGUGCAGAACUAAUUUAUGCAAAAUUCCUGUAAAAUUUCUGCGUUCAAGAGGACUAGAGGAGUCAUGGAAGACGAGCAAUCUGAAGGAAGAUGCUCCCUGCUGAUCAGUGAGUAAUAAGCGAGCUAUACAAGCAUAGGCCCUGUUUGGAACAUUGGUUUUUAAAGGAUUUUUGGAGGUUUGCAAUCCUUUGGAUCUUUUUUUCCC